AUGAAAGUUGGCAUCGUGAACGCAGGCAAUAUCGGAUUGCGUCUAGCCUUUGCCUGGAUUCGCCUUGGCCAUGAAGUUAUGCUCAGCAAAGACACGCAUCCGGAACGGCUUCGAGAGCGCGUCCGAGAAGUGGCCUUGGAAAGGGGCAUCGGAGAGGACGAGAUAGCCCGGUUGAAGUACGGCUCGAUCACGGGCGCUGCAAAAUUCGGUGAAGUUGUCAUUCUGUCGGCAUACUUCCCACGUUUGGCGCAUAUUUUGAAAGAGCUCCAGAGCGACGGGAUUACGCUUUCGGGUAAAGUCGUGAUUGAUACAAUGAAUCCGCUCAAUGUGGAUGCCAACUUCAACCAUUACCAUGACCUCAAGUACAUGGAAAGAACCUCCAUUACGGAAGAGCUCCAGAGAGCUUUCCCAGAGGCAAUCCUUUUUAAAGCCUUCAAUUCUAUGCCUGCAACACUCCUGGAAGCGCAAAGGUGGGCAUCUGGCCGCGUGCCACCUAUAAUUUUCAUCGGUGGAAACGCAUCUUCUAUCGACACCGCUCGAAAGCUUAUCCAAGACGCUGGAUUCAGGCCGCAGUUUGCAGGCUAUGAUUUGAAUCAUGCAGGGUUGUUGGAGCGGUUGGGUAUAUUGUUACAUCUGUUGGUGGAGAAUGAAUAUGAGGGCAACGGCGACGUCGUCUUUGACGUCAUGGAAAGGAGGGCCUAA